UGAUUUUUCCGCUGCGUUUCGCCGACGGCUCGUUCGACCGUCGGGCGGCGCCAGUGAAUUUCGGAGCGUUCUGCGUUUCAAAAUAUAGUCGUCGUUGAAUCACGUUGAAUCGACGCCCGGCGUGAUUUGCGUUGCAGUUUGGACAUUUGCCUUUAUCAAUUAAUUAUUACACGGAUAAGAUAAAUGAGCCGAAUCGCGCGGCAAAUCGAGACGAGAGAACGCAGAACGACUCCGAGUCACCGAGACACACACGCGCGACAGCGUGUUUGGCAAUUUUUUUCAUUGAUGAUCCUUUCGGCUAAUUAAUUGACGCUUUAACUAACUGUAGGAUUGAUUGUCGCGUUGAAAUUUAACGAUCCUUACCGUUAUCGCAGUGCAACGACGGCCAGGUGCUCAAACACGCCGUGACCAUCAAUCUGUCGCCCAACGAUGAAAUGACGAUUACUCCGUAUUAGGUGGCACCAUGUUAUAUGAAACCCACUGGAUGCGCACGAUGGCGAGCUCUUAAAUUGGGAAGCAGCGUGCCGAUAAAGCCAGGCGACGUUUGCUCUCUGCUGCCCGACAAAUGUUGGUUCAAGAUCAUCUCGGUGCCGGACACGAUGCAGGAAGGUGAUCAGACAUUGAAGAGAAAGAUUGAUCAGGAAGAUCCAAAUAAUGAAGCGGACAUUAAGAAGGCCUGUUUAUUGUCCAGCAUGGAAGCUGUGGGGUCUCCUGGUGAAAGUUUGAACGGCAUUCCUAGUGAUAAGGAUCCACCGAACGAGCUUAAGGAUUGUCCUGUUAAUGGAAAUGGAGAACACCAGGAUGCGCCUGCUCCAGCUUUGCAAAUCGAGCCCACAAGCUGUCCAGAGGAAGGUGAUAUGCCAGCGACGAGUUCCAAGAUGUCAACGGACUCUCAGGAUGUAAUUGAACCUCCUGUUCAAUUACAUCCCUCCUCUCCUGAGCACGAGAAUAACAGGAAACGAAAAGCGAAGAAUAUUAAUGUAACGAGUAAAGCUGCGACAACCGAUGAGUCAGGCAAGAGGAUCAAAUGGGAUUGCGGCGCGCACUUCAGCGAUCAGAUUGAAGCGGAUCCGCCGAACGAUUCUCAGCCACCUCGCCCCGUUGCCACACCUGAAAAUCAAGCGAGUGCAUCAAAUCCCGAUAGGGUCCCUAGAGAGAAAUGCAUGUACGGCGCUCAAUGUUAUCGGAAAAAUCCCAAUCACAAGAACAACUACAGUCAUCCGGACGAUUCCGAUUACGAUGAGGUCGACGACCGGCAGGAGUGUCCGUACGGCGUGAAAUGCUAUCGUAAGAAUCCGCAGCACAAGGGACAGUUCAAACACACGGCCGCGCCCCGUCGCCGUCGAAGAGCCGCCACCCCUGUGAACUCGGUGGUCGUCGACACCACGCCCGAAACAGACCCGUCAUCCGCGGAGGAAUCUGUUGACGAGUCUGAUUACGAGCCGUCCGUGUACACCGAAAGUUCCGACGACUGGGACGACAGGAGUGAGCUGGAGGAUGAUGGUACUACCGGCUAAUGAUGGAAGUCAUCGGUUUUCCUACGCUAUCGUCGAUUUUACAAUUUUCGAGAGCGUCCAAAUUAUAGAUACGUCCGCAAUACAGAUCUAUUUUGUUAUGGAAUAUUUAUUUUUGUACAUGGUCUUGAAAUAUUGUAUUUGUAUAUCCAUUUUACUUGGAGAGAUAUAUAUAAAAACGUUAAUAAUAUAUCACAA